UCUUCUGUAAAUUUUUUUUCCGCCUUCAGGGACCUUCCAUGCAUUUUUUUGCUGGAGGGGUUCCCUUGGCUAGCUCAAAAUAAUCCGCAGGCCAUUUCAGCCAAUCGAACCAUCUCCAAAUCGUUAUUAUUAUUGCUUGAGAGGAAGAUAGAGUGAAGAUGAAUUGCUGUUUUCCUUGUUUGCAGUUACAGAGAGGCAAGAAAACAACUAGAGAUCUUGUUGACAUCGCAGUUUCUUUUAAUGAAUCAAGACAUCCUGGGAAUAAGAGACAAAAAUCUACCAAGGAGGAAACUGUUCAAGUUGGCAGCAAAGACAUCAAUGCACAAGCUUUCACUUUCCGUGAGUUAGCCACUGCAACAAAAAACUUCCGUCAGGAAUGUUUGUUGGGAGAAGGUGGAUUCGGAAGAGUUUACAAGGGGACCAUUAAAUCAACCGGCCAGGUUGUAGCAGUGAAGCAACUAGACAGGAAUGGCCUGCAUGGAAACAAGGAGUUUCUUGAGGAAGUUUUCAGGCUGAGUCUCCUGGAUCAUCCGAAUUUAAUCAAGUUAAUUGGAUACUGUGCUGAUGGAGAUCAAAGACUUUUGGUUCAUGAAUUUAUGCCAGGGGGAUCCCUAGAAGAUCAUUUGAUAGACUUAGCAGAAGGCAUAAAGCCUUUAGAUUGGACAACAAGAAUCAAAAUAGCAUUGGGAGCCGCUCAAGGUUUGGAUUAUUUACAUACCAAGGCCGAUCCUCCUGUGAUAUACCAUGAUUUGAAGGCCACAAACAUCAUGUUGGAUCAGAAUUUUGUGCCGAAACUCUCCGAUUUUGGGCUGGCGAAGCUUGGCCCUGUUGGGAACAGCAAUGGUCUUCCUUUAAGAGUGAUGGGGACAUAUGGUUACUGCGCUCCAGAAUAUGCAAAAACUGGCAAAUUCACUAUCCAGUCUGAUGUCUACAGCUUUGGAGUUAUUUUGUUAGAGCUCAUCACUGGAAGAAGAGCCAUAGACAAUACAAGACCGGUAGAAGAACAAAAUCUAAUUUCUUGGGCCGAACCUUUUUUCAAGGACCCCAAGAGAUUUCCGGAUAUGGCAGAUCCUCAUCUUAACAAACAAUUCCCAGAGAGAAGUUUGAAUCAAGCAGUUGCAGUAGCAGUCAUGUGCCUGCAAGAAGAACCAUCGGCUCGCCCUUUAAUGAGUGAUGUUGUGACAACUUUAAGUUUCCUCUCCCAAGAUACCGAGGAUCCUGGAAAAAGCGGAGGAAGUGUUUCUUCAAGAUCAAAUGCGGCCAGCGAUAGUUUACCAGACGGAAGCGAAUCAAGUGAUAUUAGUGUUUUUUCGAGUAUCGAAAGCAGCCCCGAAUCAGGUUUCGGCAUUUCAGGCCGAAAUAAUAGCAAUGAGUUACAAAUUUCUUCAACUUUGAAACAAAACGGAAGCAGCAGCGGCUCGAAAAAAAUCAACAAAAGCUUCAGUUUGAAGAGUAAAAGCUCCAGGGAAUCCUUCGAUAGUUUCAAAGACACGGCGACAUCUACAAGUUCAGGAAAUUCCGAAGAUUCUUCAAGUGAAGCAACUCUUCUUGAUCCAUAGCAACAAGCAGGAGAUUCCAGGAUGGAAAAUUUUAUUCAGAGAGAAAAUUGAUCUCCAGGUAGUGAUUGAUAGGAAGUCGAAUUACAAAUGAAUUUACAAGACGAUAAUGUUCUGAAAAUCAGAGGCUUAUUUCGGUCGAACAUUUUGUGUAUGUUUGAGUUUCAUGGACUUGCCUUGUUCAUUAUUUGCAAAAGGAACAAAAAUCCUUAUUUUGCUAAGAAGAAAUGAGAGAACUCUGUUUAUUUA